AUGCCUUCGCCCCCCGGAGGGAUCAGACCCGGCGGAGAUCGGGAGCUGGGCCUGCCUCCACCAUCAAGAGAGGGCACGGCGCCGCCGCCCGUCGCCCAGCCCGGCGGCACCGGCCUGAAGUUCGGGCUGUUGCCGCCGGAGCUGCACGCUCGCCUGCUGGACCAGGAGGACUACAAGAACCGCACGCAAGCCGUGGAGGAGCUGAAGAGGGUGGUCGGAGGUGCCAGCCAGGCUGCGGUGGCCUCCGCGCCUGCCCCCAGCCUCCUGGGGCUCAUCAGCUUCCUCUACACCCUCCUCGAUGACUCCAACUUCAAGGUGGUGCUCGGGGCGUUGGAGGUGAUACAUCUGCUGGCCCUGCGCCUGGGCGACCAGGUCCGGGCCUUCCCGGCACCUCUGGUCUUGGCUGCUGCUAAAGUCCUGGGGGACAACAAGCUGGCCAUCCGGCAGGAGUACAACCGCCUGUUCCUGCGGCUGAUGAAGGCGGCAGGUCCUCAGCAGGUGCUGGGCCUGCUGCUGCAGCAGGAGCACCUGCAGCACAAGAACUCCAAAGUCCGCGAGGAGGUGGUCAACAUCUGCAUCGUGGCCCUCCUCACUUACCCUAGCGAGGAGCUGGACGUGGCCCAGCUGGCGUUUGGGCUGGCUCCGGCACUGGUGGACAGCAAGCGCAGGGUCCGGCAUGCUGCCAUGGAAGCGUUUGCUGUGCUGGCGUCUUCCAUGGGCCCAGGCAAAACCACCCUUCUCUUCAAGGCGGUGGAUGCCGUGGAACUUGAGGACAACGGGGACGGGCUGAUGCACGCGGUGCAGGCCAGGCUCGCCAGGAAGACCUUGCCGAAGCUAGUAGACCAGGGGUUUGUAGAGUACGCUGUGCCCUUGCCUUCAUCUGGUCAUAACAGGGGUUCCUGUUUACCCCCCGGAGCAGAUACAGACUGGUUGCUGAUGGGCAGCAGGACUCAGAGCGCACACAGUUACUGUGGGUGUCACGCAAGGGAUGAUGCUCUGCAAAACUCCAGCUCACACGGCGCGUGUGCCGAUCAAGGAGUAAGUCCAAGAAGAGUCCUGAGCGCGGGUAAAGGGAAAAACAAACUGCCUUGGGAAAAUGAGCAUGCUGGAGACAGGGAAGGUGGUUCAGGAGUCAAGAUGCCUUUCACAAAGGAUGUGGAGCAGUUCUCUACAUCCAGUGAUUUUCUUCAUUCUCCAAAGUUAUGUCCCUCUCAAGGAGUACCAGUCAGCGAUGAGUUAUUUUUUAGUAGAAAAAGACCUUCAAGGAGUUUAUUUCAGAAUAGUAUAGAUUUUAACUCUGAGCAUUCUUCUGUUUGUGCCGGUGCUAUGGGCUCUCAUCAGCCACAAAUUUCAGGGAAAUGUGGAACACUUGGAUAUACACAGAUACGUGGGAAGAGUGGUAGCGUGGACUCUGAUUUACAAUUUUUAGGAUUAAAUAACUGUCAGCAAGACAAAGUUUGUGCCAGCCUAAAUUUUUCCAGCAAGACCCAGAGAAGUUUUUGCAAUCCAGUAGAGCAUACGGUGUCCUUCCAAGGUCCUAAUGCAAGCCAGGGGGCCUUCAUUCUGCCGUCUUAUCCCCUGUCAUCACCCAGGAACAGUCCAAAGCACGUCUCCUCUCCAGCUGGCUCUCCAAAGAAGUCACAAGAUAAUACCGUGAACUUCUCAAACUCCUGGCCUCUUAAAAGCUUUGAAGGACUGCCUAAGCCUAGUUCACAGAAGCAGCUUCUCAUUCAGAAGCCAGGAGGCAAUACAGGGGAGAAUUUGAAGGAGAAACCUUCUCCUCUGCAGCUGAAACCCACCCUGGUGAGACACCCAACCUCCCGCAGGGGCCUGAACGGGACCAGACCCGUCCCCCCCAUACCCCGCCUCGCUAGCCCGCUGCCCGAUAAGAUUGAAUUAAAUGUGACAAAGUGGAGAAAGGAAGAGUGUGAGGACGUGUGGCUGAAUGAGGUGGACAGGAAGCUUGCAGCUGAUCUUUCAGAGCUAAAUGUUGAUGGCGAGGAAGUGGACCAAGAAGAGAUGCAGAAUUCACUUAGAUCUUUACGAAACAGCGCAGCUAAGAAGAGGGCAAAGCUAAGCAGCAACAUUUCAGAUCUUGAAAGUCCUGAUUCUGCUCUUAAACUUGAUCUGUCCGUGGAUUCCCCCUCCCACGCUUCGUCCCCGGGCGCGGGCUCUUACAGCGAAAGCGGAGUUUACAGCCAGGAGUCUCUGACUUCACCCGUGUCCACGGUCCCCCCGAGGAGGAGAAUAACGUCAGACACCUUUCCACUACUUGGCAGCAAAUCACAGCCUGCAAGAGUAUCGUCAGCAAGAAGCAGAGACCCAAAUGUGGCAGAACAUAACUCCAGCACAGCAUUUCAUGAUAAGGGGACUUCUAACGUUAGCGUAGUUGGCCAACAUUUGAACUGUGGCAAUGGAUGUGGAGAUUGUGAGGACAAGAAGCGAGGAGAAGUGUCAUGUACUGUUUUUAAAAGUCAAAAUAUGGAACACCAAAGCAAUUUUAAGCAUUCAAAAGGUCUUGCAGAAUCAACGUCUAGUUUUCCACAGAUGAACAAUCUAGAUUUCAUUUCACCAAGUGUGCUGUCUGAAGAUGCAGUUGUAAUUGUUGGUAAAGGUGUUUUUGGAAGCCCUCCUCCUGCACGAACAUACAGCCAGUCCAUAACGUGUGUAGCGAAUGGAGAUGACCAAGCUCUCAAAGAGGAGACUGAGCCAUCAUCAGGGAUCUCUGGGAGAAGCAUCCAGCAGAACAGUGCUUCUCAUUUCCGUGUUGAAAAUGAAAAAGAGCUGAAAGUUGCCAUGUCAAAAUCUGCUCAGGAUAAGAUGAGGCGGAAGAAGAAAGAUGAAAAAGAACACAGUCAUAAAGAACAUCAGGAAGUCAAAGACCUUGAAGAAAAGGAAGAAAACCCUUGGGAAAGACUUAAACUGAAUGAACCAGAGAAAAUGACAACAGAAAAGUUAAAUCUCUGUGGGGAUAUAUUAACAUCGUCAAGAAAUGUAUCUUUGUCAUUAGAAAAUGUUGCCUUGAAUCCUUCAUUAAAAAGAACAUCCAGUUUGAAGAAGACAAAAUGUUCAGCCUUGCUAGAUUCUGAUGAAAUUCCUCUUGGGGCACAAGGGCGCUAUAAAGACCGGACCCCAUCAGUCACUCAUAGCCCCGAAAUAAUGGACCCGUCAGAACUGCAGCCCUUUUCAAAACCAGAAACGGCACUGACAGAAGCCUUGACACUUUUAGCUGAUGAUGACUGGGAGAAGAAAAUCGAAGGUCUGAACUUUGUUAGAUGUUUGUCUGCCUUCCAUGCGGCUAUUCUGACUGCAAAGCUACACGAAACAAGUUUGGCUGUGGCUCAAGAGGUCAAGAAUUUACGCUCAGGUGUUUCUCGAGCUGCUGUGGUCUGUUUAGGGGAUUUGUUCACCUACCUGAAAAAGAGCAUGGAUCAAGAACUAGAUAAUACAGUAAAAGUCCUUUUGCACAAAGCUGGUGAAUCCAACACAUUUAUAAGGGAAGAGGUAGACAAAGCACUGAAGGCUAUGGUUAAUAAUGUGACUCCAGCACGUGCACUUUGUUCUCUUAUAAAUGGAGGGCAAAGCCACCUGCAUUCAGCGGUGAGAAGAUGCACAGCCCAGCACCUGUCGGACAUUGUAGAACGUAUGGGACCGGAGCGGAUUCUGUCUGGAACCAAAGCUGUCGCUGAUCGGAUUUUCCCUGCAAUAGCCAGGUUUGCACAGGAUAGUUCACAACAAACAAGGUAUUACGGUCGAAAGAUGCUCUUCAGUAUGAUGACUCAUCCUGAUUUUGAUAAAACGCUUGAGAAGUACGUGCCGACCAAGGAUUUGCCUUACAUUAAGGAAUCUGUUAGCAAUCUACGUGAAAAGGGUUUGGGGGAGAUGCCGUUAGAUACACCCUCAGCAAAAGGAAGACGUUCCCAUACUAGCAGUGUUGGACAUUCGAGGUCAUCAUCUACUUCCAGAGAUGCUCUCAACAUCACUGACAGUAGAGAGACUACAGAAGCCCGUGAAGUCACAAGAAAAACAGCUCCUCGCAAUUCACUAGAAAGUGAAGAAUAUGUUAAAGACAUUACAGGUUUAUUGAAUGCAAAAGACUUCCGCGAUCGAAUAAAUGGCAUUAAGCAGCUGUUAUCAGAUACAGAGAACAAUCAAGGCUUUGUUGUUGCAAAUAUUGUCAAGAUCUUUGACGCUUUCAAGUCUCGCUUACAUGACUCAAACAGUAAAGUAAAUCAGGUUGCUUUGGAGACAAUGUACAAGAUGAUUCCAUUGCUGAAAGACAAUUUAUCACCUGUGAUCAACAUGUUAAUUCCUGCCAUGGUAGACAACAAUCUGAACUCCAAAAAUCCAGGGAUUUAUGCAGCUGCCACAAACGUUAUUCAGGCUCUAUGUCAACACUUAGACAACUACUUGCUCCUCCAGCCAUUCUGCACAAAAGCCCAGUUUCUGAAUGGAAAAGCAAAACAAGACAUGACAGAAAAGCUUGCUGAUCUUGUUACAGAGUUAUACCCACGGAAGCCUUACGCUGUGGAGCAAAAAGUUCUAGCUGUCCUUUGGCACCUCCUGGGAAAUAUGACAAACAGCGGCUCUUUGCCUGGAGCUGGGGGAAAUAUCCGGACAGCCACAGCAAAACUAUCGAAAGCACUUUUUGCACAGAUGGGUCCAAGUCUGUUAACUCACGCUGCAUCUCAGCCACCGCACAUCAAGAAGAGUUUAGAAGAAUUUUUGGAGAUCGCAACCUAAAAUAACGAUCUUUGCACGCGCGUGAACCUCAAUCAGCCGACUGACUCGGACAGAUGGACAGCCGUUUACAGGGAGGGACGUGCGACCGUCCCCGCGUUGCUGGCGCGCAGUGCCCGCGCUUCCCAUGCAGAAGGGCCGCCGCCGG